CUAGCUUGGGUUCACAACGAACCUAGCUUGGGUUUGCGAUGAACCCAGCUCGUGGGUUUGUCGUGAACCCAGCUCGUGGGUUUGUCGUGAACCCAACUUGUGAGUUCGCAAUGAACCUAGGCUCUUGGGUUCGUGACGAACCCACGAGCUGGAUUCAUCGUGACAAACCCAAUCUUUCUAAUGGCUCAGAACAUUCUAGCUUUGCUGAUAGAUUUAUGGUGUUGCUUGCAAUAACAUUUUUUAGGACACCUAGAAAUAUUGGAAUAGCUUACCUUCAAGCACCUGGGUUCUUUUCUUUUCUUUUACCUCUAGGCGAACCUAGGAGUUGGGUUCGUCCUAAACCCAAGUAUCUGGGUUCAUUGCAAACCCGCGAGCUGGGUUCCUCGCGAACCCAGGCUCUUGGGUUCGCUUGGAGGCCGCGAGCUAGGUUCCUCGUGAACCCAGGCUCCUGGGUUCCUCGCGAACCCAGGCUCUUGGGUUCGCUUGGAG